AUGGCGGCGCCCCCAUCCUCAUCCUCGCCUUGGAUAACGGCGGGCGGGUGUCUGUCCUUUCAGCUGUACUCCGUGUACCUGGACGGGUUCUUCUUCUGCAAGGUACGCUAUAGCCAGCUGCACCGCUGGAACGAACAGCUGAGGCGGGUGUUCGGAAACUGCCUGCCCCCUUUCCCACCGAAGUACUACCUGGCGAUGACUACUGCCAUGGCGGAAGAGAGGAGGGCGCAGUUGGAACGCUACCUGCAGCAUGUAACUGCAGACCCCCAUGUGGUGCGGAGUGACGUCUUCCUUGAGUUUUUGACAUGGUUGCAGCUGCACACACUGAACACCCCCACCACGAAAGCUGUUCUGGAUGUAUUCCUGCCCAAUGGAAGGAGCAUUAAGGUGGACGUUCUAACAUCGGCUACGGCUGAAAGGGUCCUUGAGGUGGUGGCACACAAACUCGGACUGCAUCCAGAGCUCUUGGGCUACUUCGGCCUUUUUCUCAUCCGGUGUUUCCCGGAGGGCAAGCUCUCUGUUGUGAAGAAGCUGGCAGAUUUUGAGCUGCCUUACACUAGUCUUCAGAGUUCUGAAGUGGAAAAUUGUAAGAUUGGACUCAGAAAGUGGUACCUGGACCCGGCCCUGGACUCUGUGCUGAUGGACUGCAGGGCAGCUGGAGACCUGCUGUACAUGCAGGCAGUACAGGACAUUGAACUAGAAUGGGUGAAGCCCACACAGGCUCAGAGGGAGGAAUUAAAGGCACUCCAGAAGACGGAGAACCAAGCAAAGUUUUUGGAGCUGUCCCAGGAGGUCCGGCACUAUGGGUACAUUCAGCUGGAUCCCUGUACCUGCAACCACCCAGAACCUGGCUGUGAGGCUGUGCUUUCCAUCGGCAACAGCGAGAUCAGCUGCUGUGUAACCCUGCCUGACGGCGGGACGCGGGACAUCGCGUUCCAGAUGAGCAGAAUAAAGUGCUGGCAGGUCACUUUCCUUGGGACUCUGCUGGAUACGAAUGGGCCCCAGCGAACUCUCAACCAGAACUUAGAGCUGAGAUUUCAGUACAGUGAAGACAGUGGCCACCACUGGUUGGUUAUUUACAGCAAGCAGGCAUUUUUCCUGAGUAGCUGCCUGAAGAAGAUGAUCUCAGAGAAGAUGGCGAAGCUCGCGGAGGAGAACCCACAAAUGCAGAUCGAGGUUCCAGAAGAAGGCAGAAGUAAGAAGCACCCGGUCCAAGCAAGCCAGCAGAAAGACUAUUUUAAUUUUCUGAGAAAAAGCAGAACGAAGAAAGCUGAAGGUGACAGCGUUUGGGGGAGCCUAACGGAAGGAGGUCUCUGAAGGAGUCUCGUCUUUUUAAACUGUCUUAAGACAGUACCCGUGUGUGU